AUCAAUCACUUGACAGAUGACAUAAGUCUCGGGGGCUGAAUUCCGAAGUCGUCCUUUUGACCGCCUCUGAUCACCAAGAUGACGCCAUACCCCAAGCAGCCUUAGUGCCUCACAUCGAUAAUCAUGUGAUCGAUAUGUGGUCCAGCGCUGAAUGGUCAGACAAUGUCUUGAAUACGGGCGCGUGAUAAUUAUUGUGCUUGGGUAAAAACUGCGAGUUAAGUAGUAAGUUCAGCGCGGUUGACAUGCUGGCGACUCGAUGGGAGUUAAGUCGUUUAUUACUACUUGUUCUUUUCCUACUUUCUCUACCUAUGUUGUAUUAUUUGAAGUGAGACUGGUCGGGGUUGGGCGAUCCCAAAAGGCUUUUUAAUUGUUAGAACACCAUCGCAUCGAAUCAAAUCCCCACCGGCUCGGGUAUCAGGGAACCCAAAAGCCUAGAUUUCACGGCAGUAGCGUGCUUGUCACUGCCAAUGCGAGCACGCCAUCAUGAACUCCUCUGAUUUGACCGAACCCUACGCCAGAAGGGUCAGAUCCUCCUCUCCCACGCACCGAUCUUCAUCCCCCCAUUCUUCUGGUAAUGAUUCGAGGCGCAUGUCUCCCUUAGAUGCGCGAAACAACAAUGUGGCGCCUGACGAGGACCACCUACCACCAUUCAAUGAAAUCACCCCGAUCGUGAGCAACGGCUCUACGAGGCGAAACUAUCAAUCUACGGAGGGGCUGAGGAAUCGAGAUUCCGGGUUCGGAGAAAGUCAGCCAAAGAAUUCUGAUCAACGGCAGACAGGGCAACCCGGCCAGCAAAAUCCGCUGUCCGAAUCAGCAGAAACCCAUGUAUCGUGGUAUAGUCGAAUCGCCGAUAGAUAUGGCAGUCUGGAACUCGAAAAUAAAGGGAGUGUGGCUCGCGACCAUCUGGCAUUAGAGCGAACAUUUCUUGCAUGGCUACGGACAUCAUUGGCGUUUGCUUCUAUCGGGAUCGCCAUAACGCAGCUCUUCCGCUUGAAUAGUUCGAGUGGAAGCACAUCGACCGCUGAAUACUCGUCACAAGCUCUUCCCCCUCUGUUGUCACCCCCGUUCUAUGAUCCAACGGCCAUUAGGGUGACUGCCACAUCCCAGCGGCUUCGGAGUAUCGGUAAACCUCUCGGAACAACGUUCAUUGGUGUUGCUAUUGUUAUCCUGCUGAUCGGAUUCCACCGCUACUUUGAAAGCCAGUACUGGAUCAUAAGAGGAAAGUUCCCUGCUAGUCGUGGCAGUAUAGCGAUAAUCGCGUUUGUAGCCGCUGCUUUGAUCAUAGCAGCCUUAGUUGUCAUAUUGGCCAUCUCACCAGGUGCUGUCGAGGCCUAGUACUUACUAGCAAUGUAGGAGACAUUGCUCCUUUACACACCAAUCCUAUUUGGCAGAUCAAGGUCCCGGAAUUCUCGCUAUUUCAGCACUUUUCUUAGGGGUAAGGAGAAGACCUGUGGACGACUGCUAUGAUUUGUUCCCAGCGUAUGUAACCUGUGGAGGCUGUAUCAUUUAGAUAUUUCUAUAAUGCACAUACAAUGUAACGUGUCUAUGCCUGUGUUGAAUAGUUAGUCGAGUGUUGUAGAGUUGCUUUUAGAGUCGAGUCAAGAGACUAGACUAUAGAUAUCAUUCAUGC